GUGUCUGCUGUUUCCGCUGAUAGUGUUUAUCGUCGACCGGCACACACCCCACAGCGUGUGCCACAGCCAAUAGGCCCACGGCCAAACCAACAGCCGCAGCUUCAAUCAACUAUCAAUUUUUCGGAACGUGCCAGCAAGUUUCGCUUACAAGCGUCCUUUCCAUGAACCAGCCCAUCGGAGGCCAAAGUGAUGAGAAAGCGUCCUCGCCGCCGUCGCCUCCGGCGGAACUCGAGAGCGUGCUGGCGGAAUACUGCGAGUUAGUCACGGUCAACCCGAACUUUCUGCGCUCGCAACUGUUGCGGAAGGCGACCCUCCAAUGGCAUGGGCGCACCUUGCGUGGCCGUACGCGCAUCACCAACUUCCUGCGCCUGAAGCAGCGCUUCGGGGCGCUCCGGAGCUUCGCGUUCGAGCAGCCGGUCGAGUGCCCACCGUUCGACUGUGAGCGGAACCGCUUCGGGUCAAUGAGCCACGGUGAUGGGCAAGAGCCGCCCAGUCGUGGCGGUAGUCGUCGGGCUUCGCGCGCUAGGAAGCGUUCGGCCACGCUGACACCGACCAAGCCGGCCUCGCCGGCGAGCGAGGCCGAUGUUGAGGUGGACAUUUUAGGCACGCACGAUGACGAGGUUGACGUGCUGAAGCUGACGCCGCUGCUGCCGCCGCACGGUGGACAGGAUCCGUUGAGCGGCGUCGGCCUGCUGCCACUCGACUCCGGCGAGUCGUUCGCGCUGGGCUACAGGACACCGCCGCGCGGCUCCGACGCCAACUUACCGCCGAAUCCGUCCGUCUACGAUGCGCUGCGCCUCGGCGGAUUGGGGCGUCGAAUGGUCAGCGACAGCAACAGCAGCGGCACCAGUAGUGCCAGCAGUGCCACCAGCACCGAUGAUGAUGACUCCAUGGGCGAUCGGCCGGCCGGGCACGAAACCACGCGCCCCAUCGACGGGUCUAAGCCCGAACAACCGUUGGCCGCAUCGGAAAAGCAGGUGCCGAAGGGAGGAGAGGACGCGGUGGAGCCGUUCGGUAAAGUGCGCUUCCUGCGCGCUAAGUCGAGCGUGCCGUUAGCCUCGCCGGCGGCGGGCACAUCAACGCCACCGGAGUGCCAAUAUCGCAGGGCGUCGAUAGCGGGCUCCUCGUGCGACUCGGGUCCGCCCACCCAUCUGGCGCUAUCCUAUCGCAUGCAUCGCACCACCCGGCGCCCCCAUUUCCAGCAGAUCGUGUACCACUGGCCGUCGGCGAAGGUUAGCGCGCGUCGCAAGCUGUUCGACACUGUCGAACCAGAGACCCCUGCCCUGCCGGGCGACGGAUGCCAAGAUUCGACCGGUGCCAUUCCGAAGUACGAGCCGGAGAAGCUCGUACCGAUGGCCGCGCAAGCCAUGGCCGCCCAAGCCAUCGCCGCCGGUACACUGACACCGAGACCGUCACGGCGUGCGAGCGAGAUCGUCGUCGGCCUGCGCCCGCUGCCCACCUCGCCGCCGCCUUCGCCCCGGGCCGUACGCUAUCCGUAUCCUCCGAGUACGCCGGUCAAGCGGCGCCGCAGCGUUGCGAUGCAUCUGCGCACUCCGCCGCCACUCGUCGGCUCCAUCGCCUCAGCUGGCUCGUCCUCCUCAACCAUUUCGUCCUCUUCAUCCUCCUCCUCGUCCUCAACGUCCACCUCCAGCUCGUCCUUCAUCGCCAUGCCGUUCGAGUACGGGCGUGUGUGCCGGAAGCAGCUGCGCGCGGAUACACCACCACCGUCGGCCUCUGCCGCCAUCCAGCCGCCCUCAUCCGGUGCCACCAACAUUCCAUUCCAUGCUGCUGGCAUGCAGGGCUCCACUGCUGGCGCCGGUGCCUCUGCCGGUCCCGUCCCCGGCCAUCUUAUCCGGCUCGGCAACACGCCGGUGUUGCCGCCUCCGGAGCAAGGCGACGGACGGCGCAAGCCAUCACCGACGGCGGCGGCGGCCCCAGCCGUUCCCGCCCGUAAACCACCGCGCCUUUAAACGGCUUCUCGCAACGGCCGAUUUCCUUGUCAACGUUAAGUUAUUGGAUUUUUUUUACCCCCGUUUUACAUUGUUU